CGGCACAGCAACAUCCUCAGAGCCUGUGCGAACUGCGCCCAGCGCGGGCACAGAGCCUCCCACCUCCAGGAACCUACGCCCGGGAGAAGAGCGAGCGCAGUGACAGCGCCUUGCCGCCACCAGUCCCCAGACCACCAUGGCGAAGAGCCGCAAGGACAGAAACAGUUGGGGUGGGUUUUCAGAAAAGGGAUAUGAAUGGAGCUCAGAAGAGGAAGAGCCAGUGAAAAAGGCAGGACCAGUCCAAGUCCUCAUUGUCAAAGAUGACCAUUCCUUUGAAUUAGAUGAAACUGCACUAAAUCGAAUCCUUCUUUCGGAGGCUGUCAGGGACAAGGAGGUCGUUGCAGUAUCUGUGGCUGGAGCAUUUAGAAAAGGAAAAUCAUUCCUGAUGGAUUUCAUGUUGAGAUACAUGUACAACCAGGAGUCCGUUGAUUGGGUUGGAGAUUACAAUGAGCCAUUGACUGGUUUUUCAUGGAGAGGUGGAUCUGAACGAGAGACCACAGGAAUCCAGAUAUGGAGUGAAGUCUUCCUUAUCAAUAAACCUGAUGGUAAAAAGGUUGCAGUGCUGUUGAUGGAUACUCAGGGAACCUUUGACAGUCAGUCAACUUUGAGAGAUUCGGCCACAGUAUUUGCCCUUAGCACAAUGAUCAGCUCAAUACAGGUAUAUAACUUAUCACAAAAUGUCCAGGAGGAUGAUCUUCAGCACCUUCAGCUUUUCACUGAGUAUGGCAGACUGGCAAUGGAGGAAACAUUCCUGAAGCCAUUUCAGAGUCUGAUAUUUCUUGUUCGAGAUUGGAGUUUCCCAUACGAAUUUUCAUAUGGAGCUGACGGGGGCUCCAAAUUCUUGGAAAAACGCCUCAAGGUCUCAGGGAACCAGCAUGAAGAACUACAGAAUGUUCGAAAACACAUACAUUCCUGUUUCACCAAAAUUUCCUGUUUUCUGCUACCUCAUCCUGGCUUAAAAGUAGCUACCAAUCCAAACUUCGAUGGAAAACUGAAAGAAAUAGAUGAAGAAUUCAUCAAAAACUUGAAAAUACUCAUUCCUUGGCUACUCAGUCCUGAGAGCCUAGAUAUUAAAGAAAUCAAUGGGAACAAAAUCACUUGCCGAGGUCUGGUGGAGUACUUCAAGGCUUAUAUAAAGAUUUAUCAAGGUGAAGAAUUACCACAUCCCAAAUCCAUGUUACAGGCCACAGCAGAAGCUAACAAUUUAGCAGCCGUGGCAACUGCCAAGGAUACAUACAAUAAAAAAAUGGAAGAGAUUUGUGGUGGUGACAAACCAUUUCUGGCCCCUAAUGACCUGCAGACCAAACAUCUGGAGCUUAAGGAAGAAUCUGUGAAGCUAUUCCGAGGGGUGAAGAAGAUGGGUGGAGAGGAAUUUAGCCGGCGUUAUCUCCAACAGUUGGAGAGUGAAAUAGAUGAACUUUACAUCCAGUACAUCAAGCACAAUGAUAGCAAAAACAUCUUCCAUGCAGCUCGUACCCCAGCCACACUGUUUGUUGUCAUCUUUAUCACAUAUGUGAUUGCUGGUGUGACUGGAUUCAUUGGUUUGGACAUCAUAGCUAGCCUCUGCAAUAUGAUAAUGGGACUGACCCUCAUCACUCUGUGCACCUGGGCAUACAUCCGGUACUCUGGAGAAUACCGAGAGCUGGGCGCCGUAAUAGACCAAGUGGCUGCAGCCUUAUGGGACCAGGCUUUAUACAAGCUUUACAGUGCAGCAGCAACCCACAGACAUUUGUAUCAUCAAGCUUUUCCUGCACCAAAGUCAGAAUCUACCGAACAAUCAGAAAAGAAGAAAAUUUAAUCCAAACUUUAAAGAUACAGGUGCAUGACCAAAAUGUCAAUUAAAUAUUGUUUUAUGUCUCCAUGCAAACAUUCAAAGUGCUUCCAUCAGAACAGAGUAAAACACCAAGCACCUCUGAAGAUUGCAAAAGGGUUUUAGUUCUUUUACUUCAGUGUUUAAUAAGCAGAUGUAUAUAUGCAUGGUUAUAUCAUUUGGUUAACAUGUACAGUUUCCUGAUUUAGUCUUCAAAUAUGCUGUUAUAAUUUAAAGAGUUUGUCUAUUUAUGGUAACAGUACCUGUGUUCUGCUUGAAUUUACUGAAUUCUACUAUCAGGUUAUAGUUAAACCAUGUAGUAAUACUACUCCACAUUUGGAUAUGCUCAUUUUAUUUCUAUAGAAGAAUUUUUAAAUUAUUCACAUUGUCAUUUGUUAAAGAAUUGCAUAACUCCCGUAGGCUUGAUUCAACCUAUACCAUCUUACAUAUCCCAUUGGCUUUUAUUUUAAAAGACAUUUAAAAGAGCUUUUCAGUUGCUUUAUCAAAAACUAUAUAUUGCUUCUUUUAUAUUAUGAUUUAAUAUAGCAUAUAAACCUCUUGAUCAAAAAAUGCACAAAAAAAUCACUUUGUAUAUGUAUUUGAGUUUCACUGCAUUGUAUAUUUUUUCAUUUGGUACACAGAGAAAUGUAUUCAUUAUAGGUUUAUUCUUUUAACAUGUGAACUAUUAUUAAAGUUUACUCUGGUUCCUAAGGUUAAAAACAACUGAAUUUGGAAAUGCUUGGGAGGCACUGAUAGAGAAGGAUGGUUUUGCUCUUUUUUAAAAAAAUUUCAAAAUGCAUUUUCUUUAAUGUUGACACCAUUACAAAUUUAGAUAUCCAUUUUAAAAGGUACCCUUUUAAGUACCUUCCAGUUCUUUUAAACCAGUGAUUCUGUAUUG